AUGUCUUUAUGUCGCAAACCGCUAGCAAGCGCAAGCAACGUUCUGAGAAGGCCAUUGCCUGCUCCCAAGCGAGUACGGUCUUAUAGCGACAAGCCCGAACUUGGAGACCGACCUCUCCGCUCAUUCGAAGACUGGAGCGAACUACAAAUCAAACGUGCCGCGGUCGGAACUCUGAUCGACAUUUUCUCUGACUAUGGCUCGAACCGAAGGCAAGAAAACGCUUUCAAACUCCGGGACUACACACGACGUCCAGUGCCAAACGCGACCGUUUCAUCUUUGCUCGCAGCCGGCGCCCACUUCGGACAUGCAACAUCCCGCAUGAACCCCAAUUUUAUGCCUUACGCGUACGGAGAGAGGGCGAAGUCGACUAUAAUUGACCUGGACCACACAGUUCCUCUUCUUCGUCGAGCUGCAAACCUGGUCCGCGCUGUGACAUUCGCCGGGGGACAAAUUCUUUUUAUCGGCACGCGACCGGACCUGCGACCAAUCGUGAAAUCCGCCGCAGCGCGUGUCGGUGCACAGGGCUAUUACAUCAGCGGGCGCUGGAUACCGGGGACCUUGACCAACACGGCCGAACUGUAUGGUCCAGAGGUUGUUCAAGCUAUCAAAGGAAGACCGGAUCUGGUGAUUCUCCUGAACCCUCUCUCCAACAUGACGUGCAUUCGCGAGUGCACGCUUGUCAACAUCCCGACCAUUGCCAUCAUCGACUCGAAUGCCGAUCCGCGCAUCGUGACAUAUCCAAUCCCUGCGAAUGACGAGAGUCCUCAAGCUGCAGAGAUCAUAGCGGGCAUCCUGAGCAUUGCAGGUCGUGAGGGCUUGGCACUGAGACUCGAGGACGAGCUCAGAGACAGCGAAAAAUUGUUGGAUGGGGUGGAAGAAGAGGCUCAGAAGGAGAGGGACGCCGCACAGCGGCUCGCCGAUGGAGAGGGAUUCGACGUGACGGGUGAAGCAAUGGGGGAGCAGUUUGGUUAUAAUACUGAAAACAAAAUAGCCUGCAUUCCUGUUAGCCAGAAACAAGAGCAACGGAGAUCACCUACGUUCAGCCGCCUCCAGAGCGCGGACGUUCCCUUGCAAUUUGUUGAUGGUUUCGGUGUACUCGUCCUCCUCGACGCUGUCAAAGACGAUGCCGCCCCCAGCCUGGAGAUACGCAACUCCGUCUUUGAAGGUCAU